AUGGCCAGAACUUUCUUCGUUGGUGGUAACUUCAAAUUAAACGGUAACAAAAAAUCCAUUAAGGAAAUUGUCGAAAGAUUAAACGGCGCUUCCUUAGCUGAAGAUGUCGAAGUUGUUGUCUGCCCACCAGCUGCUUACUUAGACUACACUGUCUCCUUAGUUAACAAGAAGCAACUUUCCGUCGGUGCUCAAAACACCUACUCUAAGGCUUCUGGUGCUUACACUGGUGAAAACUCUGUUGACCAAGUCAAGGACUUAGGUGCUAAGUGGGUCAUCUUAGGUCACUCUGAAAGAAGAACUUACUUCCACGAAGAUGACAAGAUCGUUGCUGAAAAAACCAAGUUCGCUUUAGACAACGGUGUUGGUGUCAUCUUAUGUAUUGGUGAAACUUUCGAAGAAAAAGAAGCCGGUAUCACUUUACAAGUUGUUGAAAGACAAUUAAACGCUGUCAUUGCUGAAGUCAACGACUGGACCAACGUCGUUAUUGCUUACGAACCAGUCUGGGCUAUUGGUACUGGUUUAGCUGCUACUGCUGAUGAUGCUCAAGAAAUUCACGCUUCUAUCAGAAAGUUCUUAGCUGAAAAAUUAGGUGCUGAUGCUGCUGAAAAGAUCAGAAUCUUAUACGGUGGUUCUGCUAACGGUGCUAACUGUUCUACUUUCAAGGACAAGAAGGAUGUUGAUGGUUUCUUAGUCGGUGGUGCUUCUUUAAAGCCAGAAUUCGUCGACAUUGUCAACACUAGAAAAUAA